AUGGCACCUAUCCAGCUCUCCGAUUUCGUGUUCAUCCCAGCUCACGACAAUGCCGCCCCUACGGUGCACGUCACCUGGAGCCAGAGCUGGACCGAGUACACCAAAGACUACAAGUUCUUCAUGGCGAAGGCCGGCAAUGACCAAAAGGAUGAAGUGCCUUUGUAUAUCGCUUCUGAGUUUGCGGACGAAUCUCACUUCAAGGGCGUUGAAACGGUGACCGUGGACGGGACUGAAUACUACAAGAUGAAGGUCGAUGGCCGCUUCCAGUACGGUCAGAAGGGCAAAAACGGAGAAGGCCGCUUCCUGGUGUGGCACGAUAAGUCUCGCAAGCCCUACCAGCACCGCUUCGUCAACAGCACCGUGCAGCUCCAGGCCCUUGGUUUGGGUACCAAGCUCGCCGGGUACUUCGGCUACGGUAACGUCGCGGAUCUCGCGGGCAACGCGCUGAAGGCUGCCUUCGGUGACUACCUCCACAACUUCUAA